GUUGUCUGGCUCUAUGAUAUUCGAGCGCAAAACAGAAAAGUUUUUUCUCUUGUCGCCGAUUCCGCAAUUUAUGUCAUUUCCUUCGCUAGUAUAAAUAAGUAAGAGUGUAUUUAGUCGUACUUUCGCCCGUAAGAUUACAAGGAUGAUUACCUUACUUUAGUUAACUUUGCGAGAAGAAAAAUUAUGAAGCCAAGUGAAGUUCUCACAGGAGCAGAAAGUGAGAUUUCUGCUGAGGAAAUGGAGUGUGAGAUGCAAGCAAGAGAGUUCUUUGUGCACAUUGGCAUGCUUAUACUGGAGGGACGUACACCACAGUGUUCAGAGAAAGGCAGAGUGGAAGGACCUCAUUGUUUGUCCUUUUUCAAUGUUGUGCCUCAUGUCUGUGACCAGAAAGGAAACUAUAGUUGCCAGAAAGUAUCUGAAAGAAAAGAAAAGAUGAAUGCUUUAUGGGAGAACAGCUUUCCUCUGGUGAUAAGUGUUUUGAUAGAAGAACCUUCUCAGAAUAGUUUGAUUUUACUGGAAAGAUGGACAGUGGAAGUAGUGAAUGAGUCAGAUGUUGUUCAUGGCCGUAGUGGUAGCAUGCUCAUGCAGGCCAUAAGGUCACACAUUCAUUUCUCACAGCUGAGUGCCUGGUUAAGCAGAAGUAAAGGCUCCCUUCCUUCUAAAAUCAUUUACAGAAUAUCUGAAACUGGAGAGGAAUACUCAUCAACUAGCUUUCUUAAACAUCCUGAUCUGCAUGUGUUUCCUUUGGCAAAUCUCCAUAGCAACAGAGCAUUGCAAGUCAGUGUUCAUUCACUACCAAGAUGUGACAUAUUUAAUUUUACGGAUGAAAUUCUGGCAUCAAAGAUCGAUCAACUCAGUGCUGGUCAUAAAGUGCACAAAAAUGGACUGCAGGGCUCAGACUUAAGUGAUGACUUGUUCACUUCUCCCUUGAAGAAGAAAUCAUGCAUGAAAGAGCUUGAAACUAAUAACCAUUCACAGACAUUAAAUGGACAUAAUCUUACAAAUAAACAAAACCAUUUGGACGUCACAAAUCCCUCAACCAGCAGAACUUUUGAUGAUCAGAUAGAAAGAAACUCUGACCAGAAAGUAUUGAUUUCCCCAAAGAUGUCACAGGAAAGCUUGAAAAAGCGCUUUUUGAAUAUUAGAAGUCUUAGUGAAGGAACACCAGGAAUGUCUCUACAGGCACAAACAAAACAACAUGACUUAAAUAAAAUACACGAACCCACUCACAACAUAGAAACAAAAAAGAGUUGUGAUACUCAGAUCUCUUCAAGUAUCCAUAUUCCCAAAGGAGUCAUCCAAGCACUUAAGACUCAGCGUGUUGGGGCUGGUACUCUUCCCAUCUUUAAUUCAAGAACUGGUCUUCCGGUAUCCUCAAGUCCAGCUCCUCUGCGUCGAUCAGCUACAGAUUUGGACAUUGAGGAUGACUGUAGAGAACAAGUCAAUGGAUUUUCAAACAACUCAAGUUCAAAAGACCUAACAUCCAUACUUAGCAAAAGUGCACCUGCUUCCACAACCCAGAGUCUCUUGGGAAACUUUGAGGAAUCUGUGUUGAAUGGUAGAAUGGAGCCACUGGGAACUGUUGAGGGUUUUACCGCAGAGUUAGGUGCCAGUGGAAGUUUCUGUCCUGCUCAUGUCAAGCUGCCUGUGAAAGCUUCUUUCUUUAGCCUUUCUGAUGACAAUGCUCCCUCUCCUUAUUUGGGGUACAUAAGUUUAAGUGAUCCAAGUAUUAGCCAUAAAGGUUAUCACAUACCCAACAAGGGAACUGUACAGCUGACUCUGUUCAACCCAAACAAGACUGUGGUGAAAAUGUUUGUAGUACUCUUUGACUUCAGUGAUAUGCCUCCCAGAUCUCAAACAUUUCUGCGUCAGAGAACGUUUUCUGUGUGGAGACACACUUGUCAAUCAACUGAGGGUCGUAAUUCCUUACACUAUCUCAUACACUUGAGAUUUGUAAGCUCCAAAUCUGGCAGAUUGUAUCUUCAUACAGACAUCCGAGUAAUAUUUGCACGUCAACCCCCUGACCUCCCUAGUGGGGUGAAAUUUUGUACAGUGACCGAUGGACCAACAGAACCUCGUUACACACAAUACAAUCAUAAAUUAGUAUGAAGAGUAGUUCUAGCUUGCUUAAUUUAUUAUAAAUAUAAAAAAUUAAUAAUGAUUUAUAUUUGUUAACAAUUUGUAGCCAUUACUUUCUGAAAUGUUGCUGUAGUCAUGGUAACCAUCACAAGAGAUUCUAAUCAGUUUGUUUUUUUUCUUAUUUUCGAGCAUAUUAUCGAUAAAAUGUGCAUAGAAUUUACAGUUAAUGGAAUAGUUUAGGAUCCAGUCAUCAUUUAUUGCCUGAGGGGGGGGCCACAUAGUUUUCAGGGGGGAGAGAGGGGGGAUCAGUCGUCGCCAACAGAGUAUAAAGAGUGGACCUUAGAAAUUGACUGGAGACCAUAAGAACAUCACAGAGCCUUACAGGGGUGGGGUGGUAAUGAAAUCGCGUCAAUUUUUUCGUGACACGGCUAAAAUCCUCUGACCCCUCCCCGGGCGAUAAAUAAUGAUUGGCUCCUGAUAUUAUUUCAAAAGUAUUAGGGGUUGGUUGUGCUACUGUGAACAAUCCACACACUAUUUGGAAUAUAGGUGCUCAAGUAAUCAAACAAUAGUUUGACCAGAGGCUGUAACAAAUGACAAACAAGCUGAGAGGAUGGAGAGUAUAAAUGGGCUGUCGUUUUCCCUGUGAGUGCUGAAAAAUUUGUGCUCUUCUCUUUCUCUGGAUUUUGAAGCUAUUCUGUGAAAAUGUUAAAUAUUUUAGGCAAAAUUGAGAUAUUUAUUGGCAAGAUAUAGAAAGGAAAGUUAAUGCUAAGUCAUGUAUAUUUCAAUCUAGGUAUUUCAAUUUACUCUAAUCCAAAAUAUAUAGGAAGGAUGGGAUGCGUUUGGACAUGCUCCUCAAUUCUCCCUUUUAUUUCGCUGACUUCUUCCUUACCGGUGAGGUAAAAAGCGUAUGUACCCAGAAAAUACUAAAAGAAAGAAUUUGUUUCAGUCAGAGCAGUUUACAAGAUUUUGCCUUGCUGGUCUCCCUUAAUGGUCCAGAAAAAUCGUACCUCUUUCUUGACCAGAGUGAGGUGAUUUAAAACAACUGCGUCUUGUCGCUCGUGUUAUUCCGCGCUUGAGACUACGAACUUACUUUGAGUUCUGGUUGGCUAAAGUGGUAUUUAUCUUUUGCUCUGAUUGGAUGAUUUGAUUACAUCAGGUUUGCUAUAGGUUUCAUGGCGUUUUAUCCUCGUGCAAACAUGUCAUAUUUCACCUCGUGAAACUGGACUCAAAAACAUGUAUUUUUUUCAUAGUUAUCCAACACUGGAUUAUAACAAACUUUUCCAUAUGAAAUUAAAUGAUAAACUAUUUAUUAUUUUUGAUACCAAUUUUUUUGUUGCUUUCAAACCAGUUAGGUCAUUCCAAUUUUUUUCUAUCACAUACAUGUAACUCUUCGAAUUAUUGGUUUUUAUUUUAUUUUUGGUAUUUGUAUAUAACAGCGCUACGUUUUAAAACAAGUAAAAUAUAAAUUUAUUUAAGAAGGAUUUUAAGUCCUUCACAAUAGCAGGAGCUAAUUUUGGAAUUAAGGAAAAUAUGAACGUAAUGGCCGCAUACCUUGAGAUAGAGGAAAAUUGUGUUGGUUAAUUCUGUUGAGGGAAUGAAAUAAAAUUGCAUUACAUAUUAAACUAUUUAAGAAUUUCUUGUCCGUGA